AUGACUCCCUCCGCCCCCGCGAUCUCCGCGCCGGGGCUCUUCCGCGCGUUGGCGCUCGCGCUGAGCAUCACGGCGCUUUUCCUGGAGGCGAACACCGUCGAUUUUUACAACGACGAGUUCCUGUCUGGCCUGCUUUCCGCGCGCCCUCAGCUCGCCCGUGUGAGCAUCGGCUCCCCACGCUUCACCGGAUCGCCGCACUUUCGAAUCAGCACGAGGGCUGUCGAUAAAUUCUUCCGCGUCGCGCCGUCGCGCCUGCAAGAGCUCUCGCUGCGUGAGUGUCUCGGCCACACAACGAAGCUUCCUGCUUCCGUCGCGUCGCUGUCGUCGCUGCGCGUGUUCCGCCUAUGCUCCAAGGUUCUCCGCUCGUUGCCCGCCGAAAUGUGCUGCAUGUCUGCCCUGCAGGAACUUCAUCUAAACUGCCCGUUGCUGCAGCAGCUGCCCGAAACUUUCGGCCGGCUAACGAGGCUGGAGCACCUUUCGUUUACGGACUGCACGGAAAUGCGGCGCCUGCCGGACUCGCUCGGCGAUCUCUCCUCGCUCACCUCUCUCCACGUCGACGGCUCCCGCAGCCGCAGCAGGUGCGGCAGGCGGUACGCCGACCAAUCAGCACUCGGCCCGUCUCUGAAGCAUCUUAUCAUCUGCAUGGGCACUCCCGGGAACGGCAGGCUCGGCGGCACGCUCUCCACGCGUCUGUGCUCGCUGCUCUCCCUCACACACCUCUCCAUCGACUGCCUCACCUCCUCUUCCCACCUGCCCUCUUCCCUUGGUCAUGUCACCAACCUCCGCUGGCUCUCCCUGCGUGGCACAUGGCUCUGCCUGCCGCUCUCCCUCUCCCGCCUCGCCCCGUGCCUGCACUCGCUGAAACUGCACUACAGCGGCAGCACGACAUCGGAAUACUUACAGCGCGUGCUGCCUUCCUUUCUCUCGAAUCUCACCUCCCUCACAAACCUCCACCUCCGCAACAUGCACGUUCCGUCCCCCCGCCCUCCUUGGCGCGUCUGCACGCCCUCCGCACGCUUCACCUAG